AUAUAUUAUUUCUUUUAUAAACCCACUCACCUCUGUUGGAGCGGCUCGGAAUCCUCCACACUGGUGCAGUAACAGAAGGGUCUCCGUUGUCUUUAGCAAUGGCCGUGCGAGCCCUAUUGAGCAGAAAAACCCUAGCCUCCGUGCUCCGCAAUGACGCAAAGCCAAUCGGAGUUGCCGUAGCCGCAGCUUCAGCAACUCAUUCCCGCGGCUUGCAUGUCUACACGCUUCCCGAUCUCGAUUACGACUACGGCGCCCUGGAGCCAGCCAUAAGUGGCGAAAUCAUGCAGCUGCACCACCAGAAGCACCAUCAGACUUACAUCACCAAUUACAACAAGGCUCUUGAGCAGCUUCAUGAUGCCAUCGCCAAGGCCGAUUCCUCUUCCAUCGUUAAGCUCCAGAGUGCCAUCAAGUUCAAUGGCGGAGGUCAUAUCAACCAUUCUAUUUUCUGGAAAAAUCUGGCUCCUGUUCGUGAAGGAGGUGGUGAACCACCCAAGGGUUCCCUGGGAUGGGCCAUUGACACACAUUUUGGUUCUUUAGAAGCAUUAAUACAAAAAGUUAAUGCUGAAGGUGCAGCGCUACAGGGGUCUGGAUGGGUGUGGCUUGGUCUGGACAAAGAGUUGAAGAGGCUUGUGGUUGAAACUACUGGCAACCAGGACCCACUGGUUACUAAGGGACCAAAUUUGGUUCCAUUGCUUGGAAUUGAUGUUUGGGAGCAUGCAUACUACUUACAGUACAAGAAUGUUAGACCAGACUAUCUGAAGAAUAUUUGGAAAGUUAUUAAUUGGAAAUAUGCCAGUGAAGUGUAUGAGAAAGAGAGCUCUUAGUCUGAAAAUGCUACUUGUAUGGAACUUGAGAUGACAGGUUUGCAGCAGGGUUAGAGAUGGAAUAAAGUGAUGUGAUGUAAUAGAUAACACUGUCAUUAGGCUCUGGGUUCUUUUAUAGAAUAAUUACUUAUAUACUUUACUGAAGAACCACGAGCGAUAUAUGGCUGAAUUUCUUGCACUGAUGGUACAUGGAAAACCUUUUUACGUUACUAGUGUAAUUUCAUUCUUGAGUUAUGGGUGUGAUGUAUUUUUAAAAUUCUUUACUUAAUGAUUUCAUGUACGAUUUACUUGUUGUUUUUUCUUUUUUAAUAAAGUAGUAAGUUCUACAUAU